UGCCGUACUGCAGUCUGCUGUUUCUUUGGAGCUUGUGACCUAAAUUCAUCAAAAUGCCUUUAGCUAAACAUUCUGAUCAUUUUGUGCUUCCCAAUGUCAUGAUAAUGGUUGUAGUAACAUUAGGGCUUUUACUGACAGUGUUGUGUACCUUCAAACCUGAUGUUGUGCCUUACGACUACUUGGGACCCCUUGGUGCAUUGGCCCACUACCUUGCGUACAAACAAACCCUUGUGAUGCAGACGAUAUGCUAUACAGCAAUCUUCAUGCAUGUUUUAGAGAGUUUCUAUGCUUAUUAUCUUGCAGGGAUGAAAGAAUUAUCAAGCUCCGCGAGACUAAAAUGGGGCAUUGGCACCUUCUUUUUCGGCAUCUUCUGCAUGUAUCAGUUGUUAAAGUAUAACCCGACCAAAGGCCAGAAGAGAGAAUGAGGUGAAUAAAGUAUGAGGUGUAGAAAUAAUAUGAGCUUUCUUCAGGGAUGCAAGUUUUCAAAUUAUUCCCUGAUUUUCAGACCCUCUUCAGCUUUCAUAUGGGUUUUAAUAUGUUUACCAGUAGGUCCUUUUUCAGGCCAAUUGGAGAAAGCCAACUGGUAUCCCUGUAAUAACUAGUUCGCUGACAACCCAUUGAAACGUGUGUGAUAAAAUUAACAUGCUUUUCAAUGGGAUGAUGAUUUUCUGAAAUGAUGCCCAGAAUAUGACAGGCUCAGGUCUAUAGGAAAUGGUGGUUACACCGAAAUCAUACCGUUUUCAACAGGUUAAAGGAGAAUCUUUUGCAUGCAUCAUUUGUUGAAGUAUGAUCCAUGUCGCCCAACCUAAGAUCAGAAGAGGAAAUGAACUGAAAGAAGUAGUUCGUAGGAGUCUUUUCUUUAACGAAAUGGCAUGAACAGAUGCGUCCAGAAUGCAAAAUGCAUAACAGUGAUGUUUGUUAAUCAACAGUUCCUGUUGCUAACAUAUCUGAAUGAAAGUUUAGCUAACAUUAAGCCUCAUGCAUUUACCAACUCCAUAUCCUAACAAUGUGAUAAAAUUAUGAUUUUCAUCAAUUAUGCAGUUCACGUUCCGGAUGCAUGUUUUCGUGCCAUUGCAUUUUGCCAAGCUACCUUAACCGAUUGACAAUGGUGCUCAGUAACAGGACAUGGCUUUUACAACAAUUUCAAACAGUAUUCAACAGCAUAGAGGGGGAAGUCCAUGUUGAUAUCAUGUUUAUUUCUGUAUUAAAAA